AUGAAGAAGAAGAAGAAGGAUUUCGGAAUUCUUGCCCUGCUCAUUCUCUCUCUUCACUUGCGAAUCAGUUUCUCUUCUGGGAAAUCAGAGGGGGUCUGUGUCUCUAAAGGUGGUCGUUUCCCACCGUACUCAACUGAAAGCCAACCUCCUAAAAAGGUAAGCAAGGGUCCCAGAGAUUUGACCCUUUGCAGGGUCUUUCGCAAAAAGACUUGCUGUGAUGUAGCUCAGACGUAUCCUGCUUUGCUGUCCCUUAGGAGGCUGGCUUCAGUGGGGGAAGCCAAAGAAUCAUGCUUGCAGUUAUGGGAAGCCUUGGAAUGUUCGAUUUGUGAUCCGUUAGUCGGUAUCCAGCAUGGACCUCCUGUUAUAUGUGCUUCUCUUUGUAACCGAGUCUUUCAAUCCUGUGGCGAUGCUUACUUCUCCAUGGAUUCCAAAACACGGUUUCUAGCACCAUGUGGAGUGAGCGACUUUCUCUGCGGUAGAGCUGGAGAGUGGGUGUCCAAUGGAACAGAUUUCUGCACUGCAUUGGGUUUCAGCGUUGAAGUUGCCGAGCAUUCAUACCAUGCUGCCAAUCAAGCUUCUUGCUAUGGUGGUAAACGCAGUCUUGAUCACAUUGCUGAUUCGUGGACUCAACCAGAGAUUCACCAGAGACCAGUCAGUUCGAGAUGGUCAGAAGGUUUCCAGCUAAGGGUGCUGGAGAUGUCAUUUAGUGAAAAGGUUUCUUGGGCUGUUGGAGGGAUGGUUCUUACUGCAGGACUCUUGUUCGUAAGCAAAAGGAAGAGUUACAGUCGGCGUCAGAAGCUGGCGGCUAUACAGAGGGCAGCUAGGAGACUGGAUGGAAAGAUGAACCAGUCUGAUGUGCAAGGGAAAAGAAGAGGGAAUCUAAGAUGA